UGCCCCAGCGGCUCCGGCGGCCCCCGGUGCGGGACCAGUCCCUCAGGCGCGCGCAGCCCCGGGCUCGGCCCUUCCCGCAGGUGCCCGCCCGGCUCCAUGAGCACCGCGCUUUACAGCCUCGACAGCCCGGCAUGCUACCGGAACUGGUCCAUGGAGCCGGCCAACUUCUAUGAGACGAAUAAAGGCGGCGGCGGCGGGGGCGGCGGCCCCGGGGGGCUGGGAGCCUCCUGCAAGCCGGGCCGGGGCCCCCUGAGUGGCUGCGAGGAGCACGGCGGCGGCGGCGGCGGAGGAGGAGGAGCGGGAGGCGGCGGCGGCGGCGGCGGGGGCGGCGCUAACCUGGCGGAGCUGAGCGCGGCCGCCCCGGCCAUGUACGACGACGAGAGCGCCAUCGACUUCAGCUCGUACAUCGACUCCAUGUCCUCCGUGCCCAACCUGGAGCUGUGCCACGACGAGCUCUUCGCCGACCUCUUCAACAGCAACCACAAGCCCGAGCGCGGGGGCGGCGCGGGCGGGCACGCCGGCGCCGGGGACUACGAGUACCUGCCCGGGCACCCCGCGCCCCCGCACCCCGCGGCGCACAAGGACUUCGCCAGCGCCAUGGCCAGCCUCCUGGGCGCGGGCAGCGGCGCGUCCCCGCCGGCGGCCCUGAAGCAGGAGCCCGACUGGAGCGACAGCGACAUGUCCUCCUCCCUGCUGCCCUCCCAGAUCGCCACCUGCGCGCAGACCAUCAUGAACCUGUCGGCGGCGGGCCAGCCCACGCCGCCCACCUCCCCGGAGCCGUCGGGCUGCAGCUCCAGCUCCAGCUGCUCCAGCGGCCGCUCCCCCGCGGCGCCCGCGCCGCCGCCGCCGCCGCACCUGGGCAAGGAGAAGGGCGCCGCCGGCGGCGGCGGCGGCGGCGGCAAGAAGUCCCUGGACCGCUUCAGCCCCGAGUACCGGCAGCGGCGGGAGCGCAACAACAUCGCGGUGCGCAAGAGCCGGGACAAGGCCAAGAAGCGCAACCAGGAGAUGCAGCAGAAGCUGGUGGAGCUCUCCUCGGAGAACGAGAAGCUGCACAAGAAGAUCGAGCAGCUGACCAGGGACUUAUCGAGCCUGAGACAGUUUUUCAAACAGCUGCCCAGUUCCUCCUUUCUCCCGGCCGGCACCGCCUCCGCGGGCAUUGACUGUCGGUAACCGGGACCGAAGCGGGGGGUGUCGGGAGCGACCGGGAACUGGGCCGGGGCGGGGGGAGGGCGGCGCGGGCGAGAGGAGCGGGGGGCAGAGGGGCAGAGACGAUUCGUAAAACUAUCAAUACCUCAGAGACUCCAAAGAUCACCUUGUAGCAGAAAGUACCUACGUGUUUUCGCAGCCUGGUCUGUGGCAUGCAGCAAGAAACGUGAAAUUGUGGGUGGUUUUGUUUCUUUUGAACGCGGUAGCUGGACGGAGCUACAUUCUGGAUACACACACACAACCAAACUGCAAGAGAAGCUAUAAAAUGUUUUCCUUAAAUUAUUUUUGUAACGGUAGCUUUCGUUUUGUUGUCGUUUUUUUUUUUUUUUCUACAUCUUACUCCUGUUGAUGCAGCUAUGGUACCUUUGUAAAAAACAAAAUGAUUUAAAAAAACCAACCUUUGUAUUGUAGAUAAGAGAAAAAACCUGAGCAUGCUCAACUUUUUAUAUUAAUUUUUACAGUAUUUCUAAGAAUAAAAAAAAGCAUUUUAAAUCA